AUGAUCUGCAUGAUGGGCGUUUGGAACGUGCCGUUCAUAUCAGAAGUCUAUCUAAUGAAUGGAAGUCUAUUGAAAGGCCGCGAAUCCAAUGAAAUUGAAGAAACAUUUUCGCCACAGUUUUAUAGCAAUAAAUACCCGGAUUUAGACUCAGACAUGACUUUCUGUGCUUUACUUCGAGAUAACGGAAUCUUUAUGUUUGUAACAAAUGUUGAAGAUUUCGGUCAUUUAGUGAUCAGUUCGACGUUUGAUACAAAUCGCUUAAAUCCAGACUUUUAUGAGAUUUAUUCAAAUCAAAAGGAUUGGCAAAAACGAUAUAUUCAUGAAGAUUAUAGCAAUAUUUUAAAAGCGGAAACCCAAGUGGAACAGCCCUGUCCUGAUGUCUUUUGGUUUCCUGUUGUUACGCCUGCUUUCUGUACACAACUCAUUGAAAUAAUGGAAAAUCACGGCGAAUGGUCUGAAGGGAAGAACAAGGACCCGCGACUGGCCGGUGGUUAUGAGAACGUGCCGACCAGA